GACUCGGAAAGUUUGCCCCAUAGUUUCCAGCAGGCAAACUGCGCUUGGCUAGCGGCUCUUGUCGCGAAGUGUUCGCCGCGAUGGACCGGCAGACCCAUUUUGGAUCGACGACCGGGCAUGUCGCAUUCCCCGGCGCCCAUGUUGAAACGGGAGGGACGCUCAACGUAACUGUUUCGGACACCCGCCCAACACCGACCACAGCACGGCCGAGUUUCGUCUUCCCUUUCGAACAAAACAAGGACUUCAUCGACCGGCCCGAUGUCGUCGCCAGCCUUGACGCUCUGCUCCCUCCCGUCGACGAAUACCAGAGCGCUGCUCUUUGGGGUCUGGGGGGGUCCGGGAAAACGCAAAUAGCACUCGAGUUUGCGUACAGCCGUUUCCAUCAGACGAACUGCGCCGUCUACUGGGUCCACGCAGACAACGAGGCGACGUUCACGCAAGACUACGAAGCCCUUGCAAGAAAAGCCGGGCUUGACAAGAAGGGCAAGGACUUGCUUCAUGCCGUGCGCGGUUGGAUAGAGGCGCAGCCUCGCUGGCUUCUCGUUGUCGACAACGCGGACGACAUCAGCAUUUUUGGUGUUGGUUCAGACUCGGGAUCUACGAGGGACAACGGAAACCCGACCGAGGAGACUUGCCUCUACGAUUACAUACCCCGGGGCCCCGUUGGAACUGUGCUUUGGACCACUCGCGACGAAAGGCUCGUGGGCAGUCUUGUGGGUGUUCGACAGGGACUGCAAGUCGGUCGGAUGACGGCUGGCGAGGCCACGGCACUCUUUGAGAGCACGAGAGGAAAUGAUGUCCUCAACGACGAAAAGGAUUCCGUCUCCGAGUUGUUGACAAAGCUGGACUAUCUUCCUCUGGCUGUAUCGCAGGCCGCGGCGUACAUCCGCCGGUUGUCCGUACCGAUAGCGCAGUACUUAUCGAGGCUGGAUGAAGUAAAAAAAAGGUGGAAGAUCUUGCAGAAGUCAGAACACGACCGACAUCGCAGACCUGCCGUCCCGAACAGCAUUCUUCAGACAUGGAGCAUUUCGAUGGACCACCUCAAAAAGAAGGACCACACAGCAUACAACCUCCUUCUCACCCUCGCCUACGUCCACAAUGAGAACAUUCCCGAAAGUUUCAUCCAUGCAGCGGCAAGAUCGUGCCGCGCCAACAUCGGACAAAGCACAAGCAGUCCGACCUCGCCCACAGAGAGUGACGAUGAAUCGGAUGACGAUGAUGACGCCGCCGCUACUGCUGUGGUUCGGUUGAGGGAGUUCUCGUUCCUAUCCGCGCGGAAGCCCCAAGAAACCGGUCAGACUUACGAGAUGCACGGGCUUGUACAGGACGCCGCUCGAUAUGCCCUGAGCCGGAAAACGCGCCGAGAGGAGGCCGCGCGGUUUUCCAAGAUAGCCCUACUUCUCAUAUCAGACCUCUUUCCCUCGAAUCCGAAGGAGACCUGGGAAGAAUACGAGUUAUGGCUUCCUCAUGCGCUGCAGAGCAGUGAGUGGGCUGAGGUUUGCGAAGCGGAUGCAAAUCAAGAAAUUGCGGCUCUUCUGAUGAAAGUCAAUGACUACCUCUUGAAUCGCGGCCGAUACAACGAAAUGCUGGCUAUUACUCGAAAAGCAUACUUGUUUGGGCGGGCCUCACUGGGGGUGACGCACCCUAUCACACUGCUAAACAUGAACAAACUUGCAGAGCUGUAUGCCAUUCAAAAACGAUACGAGGAUGCAGAAGAGGUUGCAUUAGAAGCCGUCGAACUAACCCAGCAGGCUUUUGGCAUGAGGCAUCGCACAACUCUCACUGCGAUGACAAGACUUGCAGCAUUCCUCAAAAAUGGCAACAAGCUCGACGAUGCAGAGAAGAUCCUGACGGAAGUGUUAAAGCCAAGAACUCUGCUUCAAUCUCUUGAAGAAAUCAGCUUGGACACAGCCCAGUUCCAGGCCAUGGUUCAACUUGCGUUAGUAUACCACAGGCAAGGGAAAUAUAACGUCGCAGAGCAAAUCCAGAUAAAAUUGCUCAGAUUCCAAGAGGACUUCCUUGGCAAGAAGGAUCUAGAGACAAUGAGUACUAUGGCUCGACUUGCAAAAACAUACAGCUCUCAAGGAAAGUACCCAGAGGCAGAAACGAUAAUGGCAGAGGUCUUAGAGCUAGAGAUUGAGAUCAACGGUAAAAUGAAUAUCGGCACAAUCUUCACCAUGCUUCAACUUGCGCAAACAUACAACGCCCAGGGGAAACAUGAAGAUGCGGAGCAUCUUCUGGUUGAAGCGCUGAAGUUGCGAGAGGAUAUCAGUGGCAAGAAGCAUCAGGGCAACAUCUGGCUUAAGUCAAUACUUUCGGAAGCGUACACCGCUCAGGGAAAGCACAAUGAUGCAGAGCAUCAUCUACUGGAAGCGCUGAAGCUACAAGAGGAUAUAUUUGGUAAGAAUGAUAAGAACUACCUCGCUCUUAGGUUUGCACUUUCAGCGACGUGCACCGCGCAGGGAAAGCACAAUGAUGCAGAGCGUCAUCUGGUGGAAGCGCUGAAGCUACAUGAGGAUAUAUUUGGUAAGAAUGAUAAGAACUACCUCGCUCUUAGGUUUGCACUUUCAGCGACGUGCACCGCGCAGGGAAAGCACAAUGAUGCAGAGCGUCAUACAGUGGAAGCGCUGAAGCUAUAUGGGGAUCUCUUUGGCAAAUGGGAACCAACCACAACCCAGACGAUAGUCGACCUCACGAGAGCAGACCAAGCCCAGGAAACGGUCGACGGAGACGACGAGAAUAGGCAAAGGUAG